CCCACUUAUAAACAUCCAACGACUGCCUCCGCUUCACACUUAAUCUAGGAUAUCACAACACUGCAGCUCGGAAAGUCAUGGAAUCUUUGAAAAACAACAUUUUGUCAUUGUUACCGUUGUUAGCGGUGGUUACAGUGACGCUGCCGUGUUUUCGAUGCCAGUAUACAGUUGAUAAUUUUAAACUGGAGUGGAAUUUAGGGAGUCAGAAAUGUCAGAGUAGCUGGACCUGUGCCGAUAACGUGAGUAGUGUGAUAGACCUGUGCCAGUGUGAUGACAGGUGUAGAAUCUAUGACGAUUGCUGCUUAGGUGCUGACCACGGUAGUGAUGUCCAACACAACGUCCAUUUAACAUGUAAAUAUAUACCGGAAGUUAAAGAAAAGGCCUACGUACAUAUCAUAGAAACCUGCCCAAAUAGUUAUAACAACGACCAGUGGGAGACGUUAUGUGAAAAUGUCACGUCUGGUGACGACAUCACAAUUCGGACACCUGUCUCUGGUGUAAAAUCCGGCUUCCUGUACAGAAACAUGUACUGUGCUAUGUGUCACCGGGAAGAUUACGUGACAUGGAGACCGGGAAUUGAUUGUACAUGGAAGAUUGACUAUUAUGGAAGAAACUAUUCUUUAGUUGCUCUUCUAAACGACUCCAACUGUAGAACAAUUUUCGAGCCACCGCCAUCUUUGGUAAAUUUGGAACUAAGAGAAUGUCUCCCUGUGGUUGAUUCGUGUGAGGAGAAGUUUAAUGACGGAGAGAAAUGCCAGACAGGAGACAGAGCCCUCGUGUUUGGAAAGGCAAUAUUUAAAAACAUUCACUGUGCCUUAUGUAAUAGUGAAGUAUUGGCGAACCUAUCUUGUGAUCCUAACAGUGUCCAAAUCUUCCCGAAAAACCCAAACAAACGAAAGCCCAUUAAUUACAGCUAUCGGCUUCUGGUGGACCUCCAGGCCCUGACUAGCGUGGGUGUAGCCUCAGCGAGGAGGGCUGCGGAGAGGAAAGAGGAGCGGGACUUAUCUAAUUUCUGUACAGACUCCUGGGUAUACGAUCCUUUGGCUGAAACCUGUCGGCAGAUAUUUUGUGCUGUACCAUUUGUUUAUAAAGAUAAAAAGUGUGCGCUAGGUUCGGUGGCAGACACCAACCUCUGGAAAACAGAGAAUGACGAACAACACCUGCCGUGUCCGUAUGUACGUCUCAACCAAAGCGAAUAUCAAAUCAUUAACACUGAUCAAGUAUUUAUUUUAUCUUCUGGGUUUAUUUACAGUAAAAACGAUUCUUACAUAGGUGAUGGAUUCGCCUUGGUAUGUGUCCAAGAACCACUGAAUAAAACACGUUUUUUGGAACCCGAUAAAGUAACGUUAGUGUUUAGCAGUGUGGAGAGCGUUCUCUCUGUAGUGUGCGAGUGUUUAUCAAUCACGGCCCUGUGUCUCGGACUGAUGAUAUACGUCUGCUUUCCCAAAUUACAAAAUAUUCCCGGUAAGAACUUGAUUUGUUUGAUGGCCAGUCUGCUUACGGCACAGGUGCUCUUCAUCCUAGCGCCGCUCGCCAUUGGCGUUACUCCUCUGUGUACCAUUGUUGCUAUAGUGAUGCACUACGCGUAUCUGGCCGCGUUUUUCUGGAUGAAUGUAAUGGCAGUAGACAUAUUUCUUACAUUUUCAAGAGGUCUCGCACAAUCAAGAAGUGACAAGGGAACUGAUUUUCAACAUUUUUUCUCCUAUUCAUUGUACAGCUGGCUAACUCCUGCUGUUAUCGUCUCUAUUGCUGUUGUUUUCGAUUUUACAACAUUGGAAUUGGACUCCAAACCUAAAUAUGGAGCUGUCGUCUGCUGGAUUUCCAACAGUUAUGCAUUAUUGUACUUCUUCUUAGUUCCUUUAUUUGCUCUCGUUUUCACCAAUAUGAUCCUGUUUAUUUUUACCGCUAGAGCUAUCUACGUAUCAGACAAAAGUACGUCACGCAUCCUUCAAAAAAAGCAAACUUGUAAAUUACUGAUAUAUAUGAAGCUCUCGAGCGUCAUGGGGUUUACUUGGGGUUUCGCAUGUGUCGCUACUUUUGCAAAUUUGCCCCCAUUUUGGUAUUUAUUUGUCAUUUUCAACGCUUUGCAGGGCGUUCUCAUUUUUCUGUCUUUCGUGUGUUCUAAAAAGGUUCUAGGACUUCUUAAAGCAGCGAGGUCUGGCAGCUGUGUCCAGGUAUGUUACACGAGAUAUGGUGUAAGUACACAACGUUCGAGUGACACGUCUACUUCUUCAAGGUCAAACAGAACCCUACUGUCCGUCAUCUCGUAUAAAUCAAGUAAAUGUGAAGAGAGCGAGUCGACCUGUUGAAAUAGCGCUAUAGUAAUCUGUGUGUCGCCGUUUUAUAACUACGCCUGGCGCAUGUUACGCUGCAAGUUAAUUAUGUCACCAAAUAGUGACAGCAUCAGUGAGGUGACGUACAAAUUUGAUUUGUGUUGAAGAUUUAAAAUGUUAUCAAGUGAGGUCGUACAUCAAUGAGGUGACGUACGAAUUUGUGUUGAAGAUUUAAAAUGUUAUCAAGUGAGGUCUUACAUCAAUGAGGUGACGUACGAAUUUGUGUAGAAGAUAUAUAAUGUUAUCAAGUGAGGUCUUACAUCAAUGAGGUGACGUACAAAUUUGUGUUGAAGAUCUAUAAUGUUAUCAAGUGACGUCUAACAUCAAUGAGGUGACGUACGAAUUUGUGUAGAAGAUAUAUAUUGUUAUCAAGUGACGACUAACAUCAAUGAGGUGACGUACAACUUUGUGUUGAAUAUUUAUACAGGGAUUGAACGGCUAAUCGGUUACAUCCAUAUUGCAUAAAGCCCGCUAGGGCUUCAUGUUUAAUAUGAAUGUAACCGAUUUGCGUUCAU